UACCUCCUCCGGCCUGUCACUGGCUAUCAACAAGCCGGGCGGUCGCCGCUCUAUAUUCCUUCCCUUCCCCUCCCCUCCCCUGCCCCGGAACCGGCGGGGGCAGCAGCAACACCACAAGGAGGGGCCCCAGCAUCGCCGGCACAAGGAGCUGAACGAGGAGCCGACAUGAGGCAAGAGACCAACGGGCCUUGGCGAUAGAAGAUCUGUGUAGUACUAAUCACUCACAACCAUGGUGCAGAAAUACCAAUCCCCUGUGAGGGUGUAUAAGCACCCCUUCGAGUUAAUUAUGGCUGCUUAUGAGAAAAGGUUCCCCACAUGCCCACUCAUUCCCAUGUUUGUAGGCAGUGAUACCAUGAAUGAAUUCAAGAGUGAUGACAGGGCCAUCCACGUGAUUGAAAGGCGCUGUAAACUGGAUGUAGAUGCACCACGACUCCUGAAAAAGAUUGCAGGGGUAGAUUAUGUUUACUUUAUUCAAAAGAACUCCUUGAACAGACGAGAACGCACUUUACACAUAGAGGCCUAUAAUGAAACUUUCUCAAACAGAGUUGUCAUUAACGAACACUGCUGUUACACGGUGCAUCCAGACAAUGAAGACUGGACGUGUUUUGAACAAUCUGCAAGCCUUGACAUUAAAUCUUUCUUUGGUUUUGAAAGCACAGUAGAAAAGAUUGCCAUGAAGCAAUACACCAGCAAUAUUAAAAAGGGCAAAGAAAUAAUAGAAUACUACUUGAAGCAGCUUGAAGAAGAAGGUAUAACAUUUAUCCCCCGUUGGACUCCUCCUAAAAAAUUUGAACAUUGUGCCUCUUAUGUAAGACGGUCACUGUCCCCUCCAAUCAAUGUACCUGAGACUGCCAUCAGGGAGGGACUAAGUCCUAAAGAAGUUAACACUUGCAAUAGUGCAUCAGAUCCCACAGCUGGAACACCUGAUGACAAACUAGAUGCAGACUACAUCAAAAGAUAUCUGGGUGACUUGACACCACUUCAAGAGAGCUGCCUCAUCAGACUUCGCCAGUGGCUCCAGGAAACACACAAAGGCAAAAUCCCGAAGGAUGAACACAUCUUAAGGUUCUUGCGUGCAAGAGACUUCAACAUUGAUAAGGCCAGAGAGAUCAUGUGCCAGUCAUUAACAUGGCGCAAACAGCACCAAGUGGACUACAUUCUGGACACCUGGAACCCUCCUCAAGUACUGCAGGAUUACUAUGCAGGAGGCUGGCACCACCACGACAAAGACGGGCGCCCACUGUACGUGCUGCGACUUGGCCAGAUGGACACCAAAGGCCUGGUGCGAGCUCUUGGGGAAGAAGCCCUGCUUCGCUAUGUUCUCUCUAUAAAUGAAGAAGGACUGAGAAGGUGUGAAGAAAAUACAAAGGUGUUUGGAAGACCCAUAAGCUCUUGGACUUGCUUGGUGGACCUGGAGGGCCUCAAUAUGCGGCACUUAUGGAGACCUGGUGUCAAGGCCUUGCUAAGAAUAAUUGAGGUGGUUGAAGCCAAUUACCCAGAAACAUUGGGGCGUCUCCUGAUUUUGCGAGCUCCUAGGGUGUUUCCAGUCCUUUGGACGCUGGUCAGUCCAUUCAUUGAUGACAACACUCGGAAGAAAUUUCUGAUUUAUGCUGGCAAUGACUAUCAGGGUCCUGGUGGGCUGUUGGAUUAUAUUGACAAAGAAAUUAUUCCAGAUUUUCUUGGUGGAGAAUGCAUGUGUGAAGUUCCAGAGGGUGGGCUGGUCCCCAAAUCACUCUAUCGGACAGCAGAAGAACUGGAAAAUGAAGACAUAAAAUUGUGGACAGAAACCAUCUAUCAAUCUGCAAGUGUCUUCAAAGGAGCUCCCCAUGAGAUUUUCAUUCAGAUUGUGGAAGCUUCCUCUGUGAUCACCUGGGACUUUGAUGUUUGCAAAGGUGACAUUGUUUUUAACAUCUAUCACUCCAAGAGAGCACCGCAGCCUCCUAAAAAAGACUCCCUGGGGGCUCACAGCAUUACCUCGCCUGGUGGCAAUAAUGUACAGCUGAUAGACAAGGCCUGGCAGCUGGGGCGAGACUACAGCAUGGUGGAGUCUCAGCUUAUCUGUAAGGAAGGAGAAAGUGUGCAGGGGUCCCAUGUGACUCGAUGGCCAGGUUUCUACAUUCUCCAGUGGAAGUUCCACAGUAUGCCUGCCUGCGCUACGACCAGCAUGCCUCGUGUGGAUGAUGUCCUGGCGUCUCUACAGGUUUCAUCUCAUAAGUGCAAAGUGAUGUACUACACAGAAGUAAUUGGCUCAGAAGACUUCAGGGGAUCCAUGAGCAGCCUUGAAUCAAGUCACAGUGGGUUUUCUCAGCUCAGCGCAGCUACAACCUCAUCUGGGCAGUCUCACUCCAGCUCCAUGAUUUCCAGAUGGCGAUUUUGCUGACAGCUGUAAAGAAACCACUUCACCCAACAGUCCACACCACCCCAGAGAUGUCUGGCUUUUGUAGAACUUUUUUUUAUAUUUAAGUUGCAGCCACUUUUCCUGUCUGAAGAUCUCUCUAGUUUUGCUCAGUAGUUUCCCUUGGGAGUCUUCUCUCUAGAAGUCUAACGCAUCCUUCAGAGCUCAAAGCACAAACACUUGAGGGGGUCCGCACACCACAAAACGCAAGACUUGUUUUUAGCAGAGUACCAUGGCAACUGUGACCCAAUGCCAACUGCCUGCUCUUCUCUUUAGUGUGUGAUCUUACCAUGGUUCUAACUCAGUUUCUCCUUCCUGCCAGAAACGAUAAUUCUGCUGGUCCUUCUUUCUCUAAACUUAAUUUAACAACUUUGCCCCUCCUUCUCUGUGUUCAUGAACUUCAUAUCAAUUUCUGUAAAUGUUUUGUAAACAUAUUACCUCAAUCUUGGUAAUAAGGUAACAGUCUUUAAAAAGAUUUUUUUUAUUUGUAUCGAUAAUAAAUGUGAAAAGUUUGGGGGGAAAAA